GGUGUCGUGUUGUGUGUGAUACGUGUGUUUUAUUACUUUAAUAUUUCUUGUGAACGCUGGAAAUAAAAGAACGGAUAAGGAAGUGAAUACGAUCGUCUUAGAAACGUGAAACGUUGAAGGGAAAUAUUUGUGUGGUUAAUAUUCAGCAGCCAUGCAGGCCUACCCGACAACAGGUAUCUACUGCUGGCUAUAUGAUGAGGUAAAUUAUUGUCACAAUGUUUACCUUCCUUGUCGUAUAACCGGAAGGCCUCCCGGAGCUCCUGUUGCAUGGCUUCAGCGUCUUCCUCAACCAGGAACCUGGCGGACAGAGUCACGAACUCCUCGAACUCCAGCUCGCCAGAUCCUGCGAACGGCAAGAAGUCAGCCCACGUGUUUGCUGAGAAUCUGCACUGAAGGUUUUACCCUCAUGGUAUGUAAGUCAGAUGUCCGUUACAUAAACUGGACACUGGCAACUGAGAGAGGACAGUCUCAUAAAGAAAGGGAUUAUAGCCAUCCAGCUUACAAUGAAGUAGCUGUGUCUCCUUGUGAUCUGACGGAGGAUUCAUGUGACAUACAUUGCUGCAGUGAUCAGGACUGCUCACUAGAGCAGAAAUCUGGCUUUAACUGCUUUGGAGGCUUACAAGAUGGUCAGAAAACCCAAAGUUUGACAGAAGAGAACUGUUUGUGUCAUCUAUCAGAGAAUGCAUGCAGUGAAUGGCUCCAUCUCUUUUGUUAUGUGAUUACAAAUACUCCUUAUGUGGGACAGUACUUUGUUACACAGAAGAAGGUGGACACUCUUGCAGCAUUUAGUGACUCUUUGGUGAAUAAGAAAGAUUAUUUUAAUUUUCAAAUGAGGACUGUGUUUGAUCUAAGUGAGAGUGAUGUGUUUGCUUAUUAUAAGCAUGGCUCCCUAAUAAUGAUGAACAGUGAUGAUGUUGUGGGAAACAGACCAAAACAUCUUGAAAUGCCAGCAAAUAUAUUCUAUCCAAAUGGUGGAGUGUGCAUUGACCCUUCUCCAGUUCGCUUUCUUGUGAACCGUGAAGCCCGCUGUGUCAGAGCAAUCUCAAGAGAACGCUGUGAAAGACCUAUGCAUUCACCAUUAAGUGCACAAAGCUAUAUCAUUGCAGACUCUGUGAUUAAUGUUUCACAUACCUCAAGAUAUCUGCAUGUUGCUAUGGACAGUCUUGGGCAUAAAACUGUUCACACUGAAUUGAAAUUCCUCUGUUUUAGUAAUGGUUCAAAUUAUGUUUCAUUCUCACACAAUGUUUUCAGAUCCAAUGUUAGUAACAUGAUAUUUAAACCUCAAGUACCUGAAGAUGGUCUUUCCUUGCCUGAGUGUUCUAGUUCCAUUGAAGACAUUCUAAUGACAUCUUAUGACAAAAAAGAAGAAAUUUGUCGCAAUGUAUUCAUCUCAGUAUUUUAUGACUUUGUCUGGAGUGGAACAGAUAUAGUGAAUCUAACAGCAACAUAUGUACUCGCUGACGUGCCAGUAACUCCACGUGCUUUCAUUACAUUGAAAAGUAAUAUAUCAGGUGGCGUUACGACGAACGAUUUUAUUAUGCCCAGGCAUGAAGCUAUGCACCGAAUGGAGCUGUACUUGUCACAGUACUUUGUAGCUAAAUUUAGACAUUAUAAAUCUGUUAAGGCGUUGGAUGUCAACAUAAGUGCUGAAGAAGACACUGCUACCUACCCUGAACACCCUGGCUAUGAAGUUGGACAUCCAGUAGUUGCCCUAAACAAGAAUGAUACAUCAUUUACCUGGGAAGAGGUUCUGCUUGAAGUCUGGGGAAAGCAUGCUGAAUGCGGGGAGACGAAGCCGCUCGAGUUCGGAUAUGACGUCAUAACUUCUUGCCGUCUGGAAAUGGGAAUCGAAGACUUUGAGGAUUGCGAUAGCAUGCGGAACCGGGUGCUUCGUCUUCAGGAAAGUCUGAUAUCUGGCGAUUUUGUGAGCCAGGGUGGAGCUAUCAGGAAAACGGGAAUAAAUGUGACAGCUUCCGAACCGGUGGUACCGAUCCUCAGGCUCCCACUUAUAAACGGGAGUGCCCAUGAAGGUGACAUGAUGGCCAGGAUGUGUCCGGAGAUGCCUAGUACACUUGCCGUCGAUAUCAUGUACACUGCAUUGCCAGAACCAAGCCCCGAGGGACGCCGCUUCCAUCGUAUCGUCGGCGUCAGGAUCGGAUUCCAGGCAGUGCACUGGGCACUUGAUAGUUCCUCGGACCGCCAGAAGUUCACUCUCACUUCUAUGGUGACUUUCGUGCCCGUGCCAUUUGUGGACGAGAAACCGAAGUCCAGAUUCUGGAUGCUGAUGACGUCACCUGAUGAAUCUGAGACGGCGUGGCUCAACCUCUUCCAAAUAGUGGACGAGUUCAGUACUGGAGAUGAAAUGGUCGAGAUGUCGGCCUGUGGAAUUGUGUUGGCAGCCCUGUCACUGUCUCUCUGCAUUCUCCUGAGAAGUGAUAUGUAGACUUGUGAGUCACUGCAUACUGAACCUUCGUAAUUUAGAUAUUAUGUGCUGGAAGGUAUUUUAUGGCCCAAUUGUCAAGUUACAUCUUUCACGAAGCACUUCCAACGAUUUCUUCAGCACAUAAAGUAGCUUUUAAGGAAAUGGAGAUUCGAGAUGUGGGCUGGUUCCAGCUGACCUAGGACAGGAUCUAGCGGUGGGCACACGAUAAUGAACCUUAUGGUUAUAUAUAUAUAUGGUUAUAUAAAAUGUGGGGAAUUUCUUGAUCAGCUGAGUGGCUGUCUCUUUCUGUUUUUAUUGGAAGCUUUACGACAGUGUCGCUAGCUAGACUAUGUAGUAUCGAUUGGUAGGAUGACUGGCAAGGAUCUGGAAGGAAGUGACCGUGGCCUAAUCUCUGAAUUACAUGGGGGACUGAGGAGAAGCACGAAAAAUCAGGAUAGUCGGUGGGCGGCGGUCGAGAUUCGAACCGAGCACGUCUCGAAUGCGAAGCUAGAGUGUUGCCGUUAGUCCACACUGAUCGGUAGCAGCUUCUGAUGAAGGACUCGCAGUUUCUUAGUUACGUGUGCUUUAACGAGAUUGUCAGAAAUGUGACAAUUUUAAAUUUCGCUUUAUUCCUAAUUUAAGGUCAGUCAGCUACUAUGUGCUUGAAAUAAAACAUUGAAAUUGUACUAAAGUUCUUCUAUUUUUACCUUUAGUCCUCACCGUUUCGUUUACAGUUGGAGGAGAAAAAAUGUAAAAAUGAAAGGACACGGUG